CUUUACGGUGCUACGGCAAAACGGUCGGUUGAUGUGUCCAUCCUAGAUCAUAAUUGUGGAUCAAAAAGCGGAGAAAUUAUAUACGUACACGAGCGGAAAUUGCGAAGGGUCGAUCCACGAUCCAUGAGAGGAUAAUCCACGAGAAUCGAGACAGUAUUAGCGAUACAAAAUGGCGGCGCUCAAGGAAGUGGUGCUGUCAUACCGCUUCGUUUUCACGUCGCUGUCACAAAAAUGCAAGCAUGCUGUUCCCAGUGCGAUCGCGGUAUCGAGGAAAAAUUAUUCGACCGCCGUAGAAAAUGAAGAAAAAUAUGACGUUAUUAUCACCGGAGGUGGCAUGAUCGGCGCGACAUUAGCAUGUGCCAUAGGGAACAAUCGAAGAUUGGAAGGCAAGAAAGUCUUACUAUUGGAGAGUAGUGUUAAACAAGAAUACACACCGCAGGAGCGAUAUUCCAAUCGAGUUGUCGCUUUGAAUCAGCAGACUCGUACUUUAUUGUCUAGCUUAGGAGCAUGGCAACAUAUAGAAGCUGUUCGUUAUUGCCCAGUACGAAAAAUGCAGGUAUGGGAUGCAUGUUCUGAUGCUAUGAUAACAUUCAACGAAGAUCACUUGUCAGAGGAUUUGGCAUACAUAGUUGAAAACGAUCUGCUGUUGCAUGCAGUCAACAAACAACUUUCUCUGAAAGAGAAUAUAACUGUGGUUCACGAAUCUAAGAUCACCAGUGUAAAACUCCCGAAGACAUCGGCUGAAUUCGCUUCUGUACAGCUGCAAUCAGGAAAGCAGUAUGCAGCUAGAUUACUAGUAGGUGCCGAUGGCGCUAAUUCGAUAGUGCGAAAAACAAUGGGUGUGACCUAUCUAAAUUGGCAGUAUAAUCAAUUAGGCAUCGUUGCGACUCUCAAACUGUCCGAACCCACGGAGAAUGUCGUCGCUUGGCAGAGGUUUCUCCCAACUGGACCCAUCGCAUUGCUUCCGUUGACAGAUUCUCUCAGUUCGCUUGUAUGGUCCGUGACGACCGAAAAAGCAAAAGAACUAUUGAAAGUCUCGGAGGAAGAGUUCGUCGAUAGUAUAAACGAGGCGUUGUGGCGAGUCUACCCAAAGAACGGCGUCGUCGAGAGCGGGAUGCAUGCGCUCCGCCAACUGCUCGCAAAUCUAUCUCUUCAGACUGGCGUGUCCAGGCAAUUGCAACCCUCCGUAGCAGCCAUUGUCGAAGGAUCGCGAGCGGCGUUUCCUUUAGGUUUCGGCCACGCCGCAUCUUAUGUCCAAGAGGGAACAGUAUUGAUCGGGGAUGCGGCACAUCGAAUCCAUCCCUUGGCCGGUCAAGGCGUGAAUUUAGGUUUCGGCGAUGUGACGGUGCUGACGCAGAUGCUUGCCGAGGCCGCCGUGAAUGGUUACCAUCUCAAUAAUAUGCAGUAUUUGAAACGAUACGAGACGCUGAGACAACGUCACAAUGUGCCGACGAUGCUCGUUAUCGAUGCGCUUCAUCGACUUUAUCGGGGCACUGCAGCUCCCAUUGUUCUAGCUAGAAGUCUGGGCUUACAAUUAACGAACGCUAUACCGCAAAUCAAGAAAAUGAUGAUGGAACAGGCCGCAGGAGGGACGAGUAUUAAAUGUUAACUCAGCGAGUACAUUGUACAUAUCAUUGUGAUAUUAACUACCCCAGAGUAAUGUAAAAGAUAUUUUGCAUAAUGUUUAUUGUUUAUAUUCAAUAUGUAUAUUAUAAAUUAUAAUUAUUAUAAAAAGAAAUAAUAAGAACAUUAACUGAUAUUUUUUUCUAUAUAUAAAUCAUAUAAACACAUAAAAGUCUUCAAAGCUAUUACUAUUUUUUACAACACUGCAUAUAAAGAGAAAUGUACUUCGUAAACGAUAUAUACUUUUUAAUUAAUAUAUAUUUUUAAGUUAUAUUAUUAUUAGUAAAACUAAAAAAAAAUGUAAAAUAAAGAUAUAGAUAUAUAGAAUUUUUCAAAUGUAUUUGCAAUAAUAUAUUUCACUCUAUGGUUGCGUUCCGUUUCAUGCAUAGAGCGCAUAGAUCGUUUGAAAAUCUAUAAUAUAUGUUAUGUGAACUAUAGAUUUUCAGACGAUCUAUGCGCUUAAUGCGAAUGAAACGGAACGCAUCCUAUAUGAAUAUAUAAUCUUUUAUUAAAUUGCAUCAAAAAUUAUAAAAUAUAAAAUUCAUGUCAUAUAUUUCACUUUGAUUCAUUUUUUAAUAAGUUUAUAACUUUAACACAAAAUAUACACAAGUAAUGUACAAAAAUUUCUAAUGCAAGGCAGUUUAAAAGUUGUUUGUACUUAGGAAUGAUAAUUUCAAUAUAUAGAACAGAUAUGUUUUA